AUGGAUGGUGAGAUGAGUGAGGUGAGUGCGAUGGAGACCACCGGGACUAGAUGUGAGAAAGAAGAAGAUAAAAAGAGCGAAAAGUUGGAGAAGUUGGGGAUGUUGUGUAUGUCGCUGGGGCUGCAACCUAGCAGAAUGACUGACAAGAUGUUGAAUACUAUCGAGCUCUCAAAGGAUAUCGAGAGGAAUCAGAGGAAAGAGAUCAAGAAGCUAUCGUCCACUUCACCUCAUGUGGAACAGGGGGAAGACGAGAACGAGAACGAGAACGAGAACGAGAACGAGGAUAAAGAAGAGGGAGAGCAUAGUAGUUCAGUGCAAGUUGAAGAGGAUGGUGAUAAACAGGGCACAGAUAUGCAGUUGAGUACGUUGGGGAAAUCACUAAAGAGAAAAAAGAUUCCUCCACCUCUGAGUAUCUCAGAUGCCAAUAGUGCUCGUAGCAGUGCUGCUGGUUCAGCUACGUCGUACCAGUUUGACGCCGACAAUUCAUUGGCAAGGAGUGCUCCAGCACAUAUACCGAACUUCCCGCGUUCGUCGAGGUCUGCUAGAUUCGAAAAGCCUAGCGUUCAGUAUCUCGGUAAAGUAUCUACAAACGGGCCCAGAAGAAAUUCGCCAAUUCAGUCUACACAUGCGUACAAGUUGAAGACUCCCUAUGUAGCCCAGUUUCCCAGGUACCCAGUGCCGGGGCCACCUCCGCCUGCGAUGACUCCCUGCGCACCUUAUUAUCCUUAUAUGUACCCUGGUCAGUUCCCGCUCUACCAGUCAACACCACAACAACCAUUUAUGCCCCCCUGGCAACCGAGAUCUGCUAUGCCAUACUCAUCGCAGGCUCGUUAUUACCAGGACUCCAAUCCAAGAGGAAAAAGGCUUAGAAAGCAGGAUCAACAGCGGACAGAGAAAUCAGCGGCACGUAAGCAAGACGUACGAGCAAGCGAUGCAGAGGACUCGUCAGAUGAAAGACCGGAAGAACAACCUGACGGUAGUGGUAACGACGAAGAUGACACCGAAUCUGUGCACCUUGCGAUAGAAGAGAAUGCGAUGCCAUUCCCAGCCAGAGAACCUCAAGCAAACAUAUUGGGUGAAAUUCGCAUUUCAGAGAACGUCUUUAGCUAUGAAUUUCCUUGCAAUAACCCCAGUAUCGACAAGAAGAUGUUUAUGAGCAUAUGCGACAAGGUUUGGGACGAAUCCAAUCGUUUGGCCAAGGAUUUCUCGCCAUAA